AUGGAGUUGGAAAUCUAUCCUGCCGAUAUUUCCACCAUCAUUUUUGAGCCGAACCCUAUCGAGGCCGAAAAUGUCAGGAGGUUCAAACGUGUUGCCGUUGUCAUUCCAUUAGAGGGUUCAGCAGGAGAGCUCAGACAGAAGCGGAUGCUAUCGAUUCAAGAGUAUCUCGAACGAACAUUUUCCAAGGCCGUAGCACUGUGCCCAAUACUGGGUGGCAGCGUAACCUGGAGAGAAAACGACGGACGACUCACUGCCCUGGUUUCGAUGCCAAGCGUGCCCGCAAGGCAGCGAGGUGACCUCAUCGAUAUCGAAUAUACGUUGAGCGAUGAAUUAGUCUUGGAGGACAUAAACGAGAACUUGGGUGGAAUUUUCUUUCCGGCAGACCGGAUCCCAGAAGCCGGUGUACCACCGGUGUCAUUGAAAAUUGCAUUUUUCGAGAAUCUGCUGAUUCUUGGAUUUUCUUUUUACGAAGUUAUUUUUGAUAACACGUUGAUCGAACUUUUUCUUUCCUCAAUGGUCGACCCAAGCUGGCCUUUUGGGAGCGGACACAGUACACAAUAUUAUAGUGCUCGAUUGAAGCUGAAUUGUAUCAUGGAUUCCCCAGAUCUGUUCUUAUUUUAUCAGCGAAGCAAGGAAUCCACAGCCCUGCGCACGACAAGCAACCAGCUGGUCAGUCGGGUCAUUGAGUUCCAGCUGCAUGCAGUUCUAGCCUUUAUUCGGAAUCUUCGCAAGUAUCACUUCCACUGCGGCAAUAAUUCACUCGACGCCGUCAAAGACAACGACGUCAUGGCUGCCAUUCUAUGGGCUGCCAUCACCAACGCUCGGCGCUUGUUAGGCAAGGUACAGCCGCCUGAUCGAGUAAGAAUGAAUAUUUCGGUGCCAGGGGGGUCCAUGCCACCCAAACGCAGAUGCGGGUCGUUAUUUGGAAACAUCACGAUGCCUACUGAAGCCACGGCCUCGGUCUUGGGUGUCGCCGACCUGGCCACUACUGCCGCUCCUUACAGAAACAGCUACUAUCAAAAAUACAUCUCUGGUUGCGGGUACGGCAUCAGGUGGAUUUCCCAGGCGGCCAAAGAAAUCCGCCGCGCAAUAGACAAAGUGAACGAAGCAUAUGUACUGCACGUGAUGGACAAGAAACAGACGAUGGGCAUAGAAGAAGACUUGGCGGCGUAUGAACGACGCCUCGACCGGAGCAGAACUGGGACGACGUUUGAGGACUGGACCGACUUUUAUCGGAGCGGCUGCAAGACUACGGGCAUUCCAUUUACUGAUACGCGUCAGUUCAUACGGAUUUUGCCAUGCGCGGACGAUUUGGAGGAAGGCAAGAUUAUUCUACUAUCGCACUUCAAAGCGUCGAAUACCGCACAUUGCCAGACUCGGCAGUUAGCUUGGCUUUGUCUCGAGACGGAGACAAUGAAGCUUGUUCGGGAGCAGCUGGAGGCCGAAGGCUGGAUAAAAAAGGAGUCUAUGACAGACAUGACAACGCCGCCGGAAUGA